AUGGAGACGGCUCCGGCACAUGUGGCUAUAGAUCUGAGCUGCAGAGGGACACAGCCAGAGGUGCUGCAUCUCCUCCAUCUCUCAUCUGCUCACAGACAAUGCUCAGAUGGAAGUGGAGAAAAGGGUGAAGGAGGUGAGAUUGAGGCUGCCAGCUGCCUGCACCUGACAGAUGUACAUCCAGAGCUCGACACGCACCCAGAGGAAAGAUGGAUGCACAGUGUGUACGGCUGCCCUGUGGCAAAGAAGAGGAAGAGUCUCGACCCCCAAAGUGUGGAGAGCGCCCCCAAGAGGAGGAGCUACCUAGAUGACAUGGACAACUCCACGAUGGAGGAGUGCUACGACACUGAUGGCACGGAGGAGAUGGACGAGCGGGAGGAGGAGGAGGAGGCCACGCUAGAGGAGGGCGAGGUGGAGGAGGGAUACAUGGACUACAAUGAGACCGAGCAGCGAGGAGAGAACGAGGAGGACGAGGUGGAGCAGGAGGACGAAGAGGAACCUGUGGAGGAGGAGGAGGAGGUGGACUAUGAUGAUGAAGAGGAGGAAGGAGAGCUCAGUCAGGAGCACGUGUGGCGGGUCCAGUGUGGGCGGGUCCAGUGUGGGCGGGUCCAGUGUGGCGGGUCCAGUGUGGGCGGAUCCAGUGUGGCGGGUCCAGUGUGGGCGGGUCCAGUGUGGGCGGGUCCAGUGUGGGUGGGUCCAGUGUGGGCGGGUCCAGUGUGGGUGGGUCCAGUGUGGCGGGUCCAGUGUGGGCGGGUCCAGUGUGGGCGGGUCCAGUGUGGGUGGGUCCAGUGUGGGCGGGUCCAGUGUGGGUGGGUCCAGUGUGGCGGGUCCAGUGUGGGCGGGUCCAGUGUGGGCGGGUCCAGUGUGGGUGGGUCCAGUGUGGCGGGUCCAGUGUGGGCGGGUCCAGUGUGGCGGGUCCAGUGUGGGCGGGUCCAGUGUGGCGGGUCCAGUGUGCGCGGGUCCAGUGUGGGCGGGUCCAGUGUGGGUGGGUCCAGUGUGGGCGGGUCCAGUGUGGGUGGGUCCAGUGUGGCGGGUCCAGUGUGGGCGGGUCCAGUGUGGCGGGUCCAGUGUGGGCGGGUCCAGUGUGGGUGGGUCCAGUGUGGCGGGUCCAGUGUGGCGGGUCCAGUGUGGGCAGGUCCAGUGUGGCGGGUCCAGUGUGGCGGGUCCAGUGUGGGCGGGUCCAGUGUGGGUGGGUCCAGUGUGGGCGGGUCCAGUGUGGGCAGGUCCAGUGUGGCGGGUCCAGUGUGGGCGGGUCCAGUGUGGCGGGUCCAGUGUGGCGGGUCCAGUGUGGGCGGGUCCAGUGUGGGCAGGUCCAGUGUGGCGGGUCCAGUGUGGCGGGUCCAGUGUGGGCGGGUCCAGUGUGGGCAGGUCCAGUGUGGCGGGUCCAGUGUGGCGGGUCCAGUGUGGGCGGGUCCAGUGUGGGCGGGUCCAGUGUGGGCGGGUCCAGUGUGGGUGGGUCCAGUGUGGGCGGGUCCAGUGUGGGUGGGUCCAGUGUGGCGGGUCCAGUGUGGGCGGGUCCAGUGUGGCGGGUCCAGUGUGGGCGGGUCCAGUGUGGGUGGGUCCAGUGUGGGCGGGUCCAGUGUGGGUGGGUCCAGUGUGGCGGGUCCAGUGUGGCGGGUCCAGUGUGGGCGGGUCCAGUGUGGCGGGUCCAGUGUGGCGGGUCCAGUGUGGGCGGGUCCAGUGUGGGCGGGUCCAGUGUGGCGGGUCCAGUGUGGCGGGUCCAGUGUGGCGGGUCCAGUGUGGCGGGUCCAGUGUGGGCGGGUCCAGUGUGGCGGGUCCAGUGUGGGCGGGUCCAGUGUGGGCGGGUCCAGUGUGGGCGGGUCCAGUGUGGGCGGGUCCAGUGUGGGGGGUCCAGUGUGGGGGUCCAGUGUGGGCGGGUCCAGUGUGGGCGGGUCCAGUGUGGGCGGGUCCAGUGUGGGGGUCCAGUGUGGGGGUCCAGUGUGGCGGGUCCAGUGUGGGCGGGUCCAGUGUGGCGGGUCCAGUGUGGCGGGUCCAGUGUGGCGGUCCAGUGUGGCGGGUCCAGUGUGGCGGGUCCAGUGUGGCGAGGUCCAGUGUGGCGGGUCCAGUGUGGGCGGGUCCAGUGUGGCGGUCCAGUGGGCGGGUCCAGUGUGGCGGGUCCAGUGUGGCGGGUCGUGUGGGUCCAGUGUGGCGGGUCCAGUGUGUGGCGGGUCCAGUGUGGGGGCGGCCAGUGUGGGCGGGUCCAGUGUGGGCGGGUCCAGUGUGGCGGGUCCAGUGUGGCGGGUCCAGUGUGGCGGGUCCAGUGUGGGCGGGUCCAGUGUGGGUGGGUCCAGUGUGGCGGGUCCAGUGUGGGUGGGUCCAGUGUGGCGGGUCCAGUGUGGGCGGGUCCAGUGUGGGUGGGUCCAGUGUGGGCAGGUCCAGUGUGGUGGGUUCAGUGUGGCGGGUCCAGUGUGGGCGGGUCCAGUGUGGGUGGGUCCAGUGUGGGCGGGUCCAGUGUGGGCAGGUCCAGUGUGGCGGGUCCAGUGUGGGCGGGUCCAGUGUGGCGGGUCCAGUGUGGCGGGUCCAGUGUGGGCGGGUCCAGUGUGGGCAGGUCCAGUGUGGCGGGUCCAGUGUGGCGGGUCCAGUGUGGGCGGGUCCAGUGUGGGCGGGCGCAGUGUGGCGGGUCCAGUGUGGGCAGGUCCAGUGUGGCGGGUCCAGUGUGGGCGGGUCCAGUGUGGGCGGGUCCAGUGUGGGCAGGUCCAGUGUGGCGGGUCCAGUGUGGGCGGGUCCAGUGUGGGCGGGUCCAGUGUGGCGGGUCCAGUGUGGCGGGUCCAGUGUGGGCGGGUCCAGUGUGGGCGGGUCCAGUGUGGGCAGGUUCAGUGUGGCGGGUCCAGUGUGGCGGGUCCAGUGUGGCGGGUCCAGUGUGGCGGGUCCAGUGUGGGCGGGUCCAGUGUGGUCGGGUGCAGUGUGGGCGGGUCCAGUGUGGGUGGGUCCAGUGUGGCGGGUCCAGUGUGGGCGGGUCCAGUGUGGCGGGUCCAGUGUGGGCGGGUCCAGUGUGGGUGGGUCCAGUGUGGCGGGUCCAGUGUGGCGGGUCCAGUGUGGGCAGGUGCAGUGUGGCGGGUCCAGUGUGGCGGGUCCAGUGUGGGCGGGUCCAGUGUGGGCGGGUCCAGUGUGGCGGGUCCAGUGUGA